AUUUGGUACAAUUGGUUAAUGCGGAACAACCCUUUUGGUUGACAGGACUCACAGAAAUGACCCGAACCUUUGGCUUAGAACUGUUAGAACUGAUAUUUUCUUCAUUUCCCGACGUCUUCUAUAAGAUAACGGAAAGCGAGAUAUUUUUGUCACUUUUAAUUAAAUCCUUAGAGCCCGACAAACCUAAUUGGCAGCGUUCGAUGGCAUUGGAGGCCUUAUAUCGUAUGAUACAACCAAAUCUUAUUAGCUGUUUGUGUCGUUUCUACGAUAUGAAACCGCACAGUUCAAAGAUAUUCCGAGAUAUAGUGAACGCGUUGUGUAUAUACAUAAAGUCACAGUUCCUGUUCGUGGACUCGUCCACCACUCAAAGCCUGAUCGCAUCCAUUGUCAACAAUAAUCACAACUCGAGUCCAAGUGUAGUCACAUCUUCUAAUUCGUCCAUUAAUUCAUCGUUGAAUUCAAUGUCCAACACUAAUAGCCCGACUCCGGCCUUCCUUUUGCGCGGAGUUUAUAUUCCGUUACUUUUUAAUACAACCAAAAUUAAAUACAAGCCUUUCUUUAUCGAGCAAUUGGACAAAUUGGAGGCGCCGUCCGCUCCCGAAGGACACGGACUCUCCUCAGCGUUUGCCUGUGUUUUAGAAAUAGUCGAAAGUCUCACAAACGUUAUUGAAUCUGAUUUGAAAAACAAUGUAAACGACACCAAUGAACGCAUCGAAACAGUUAAUACACUCACCGAAGAGACUCGUCUUCUUCAUGAGAAUCUUCUCAACGCAUCUUGUUGCGGAAUUUUGGGCGCAUUUUCUCUAUUACUCGAUGCCUCGACCGACGAGUCGGUCACAGAAUUGAUAUUAAAUAAAAUGAAAAAAUUAGCGAGUCUCUAUGGUAUCUAUGAGUUGGAUGAGGCCAGGGAUGCAACGCUUACAUCCAUUUGCAAGUCAUCUUUACCUCCGAAUUACAGUCUUUCGGUCCUAAACUUAAGU